CAAACGUCAAACAACGCGAAUCACGAAUUUGUGUUUUUCGAAAUCAAAUACGCCUGCAAAACAAAAAUAAAUGUGUUGAACAUAAAAACAUCAAUAAUCAUGGAUGUCAAAGUAGAGUGUGAGCGUCUUUUAUGGAUAUGCCAUGGCUGUUUAAGCGCUGAUAGAAACCUCGCAUGUGUGACUGGUCACAACAAAACAUUGUUUAAUGGACUCAGAGGAGAUGUAACACAUCAAUUUAAAGACUUACUGCUGUGUUGGGAAUGUGUGGCGUUAAUAAACAAACUGGGACUGUUUCGAUCUCGCAUUAAGACUGCUCAAUACAGGCUCUUACAGUUUGUAAAGACCUUCGAGAGCGACCUCCCAAUCACCUUGUCACAUAUAAAAAUUACACAGAAACAACAAUAUGACUAUGAGUACAAAUAUAUUGAUGAAGAGGAACAAAAACAUAUUAUACUGGACCACAAAGAUAAAUUACCUGAUCAAAACGAAACCAUUAUUGAAUAUAAAGAUGAAAACAUCACAGAAAUAGAUCCAGAAAUAAAAAUAGAAUAUAACGAAGACAUAAAAGAUGAAAUUGACAAUAUAUCUUACAAUAACGAUACAGAUUAUGAAGAAUUUAAACUAGAACAUGAUUUAGACUGUACAAUAGAGAAUAAAAAACCUAAAAAAAGAAUAAAACAAUCUCAAAGUAUUAAAAAGUUAUAUGAAAAAUAUGCGACAAUCACAAAGAAAGAGGUUUUGUUCAAUCGUAAAGAGCAUUCAGAGGAGGUUUGUUUAAAUGACGAGGCCAUAGAGCAAUUUUUAGACAAAGACAGAGCAAAACGUACUUUAGAAUCAUUUCCUUAUAAAUGUAUGGAAUGCAGUCUUGGAUAUGUAAGAGAAUUGGACUAUUUCAGACAUCAAACCUUUCGUCAUUUGAAGAUAGAAUACCCAACAUCUUGCUUGGCAUGCAAACAAAAAAAUAUAAAUUCGCAGUCCAAUCUUGAAGAACAUUGGAGAGUCCAUACACUCAUGUUACAAUGCAAGCUUUGUGGAGAAAUUACUAGAUUCCGAGGAAUGAAGAAACAUUUUAACAUAGCGCACACAAAGGUUCAUACUUGUAAGGAGUGCUCAUUGGAAUUUGGAUCUCUCAGAGUAUUUAGCGAACACUACAAAUCAAUGCAUAAGAUAGCUAUUUGUGAUCACUGCAAUAAAAAGUUCACGAGUAGGCGUAAACUAGAAAGACAUAUCUUUAGGAACCACCAACCCCAGCAAUGUACCAUAUGCAAUCGGCAGUACCGUGCAUACAAAUUCUACAAGAGCCAUUUAAGAGCUGAGCAUCCGGAACUACUAUCGUCUUUGCAGGCUCUCGACUCUAAUAAGGAAAUGCGGUACUGUGUGGAAUGCGAUAUACAGUUUCCCAGCAUUUAUAAAUAUAAAAGACAUUUGCAGGAGUCGGUUAAACAUAAACCUAAGAAGAAAGAACGAAUACCAUGUCCAGACUGUGGUAAAAUAUUUACCCGUAUGGUGUACAAGAACAAUCAUUACAGAUUAGCGCAUAUGAAAGUCACGAAGCAUUAUUGCGAGAUAUGUAAUAAGUAUUUUUCGAAUGGUUAUGGCUUGCGUAAACACAUAAAAGGUGUACACGAAAAGAUACCAUUGCCUAAAAAUAAAAUAUGUGAUCUAUGUGGAAGAGGAUUUAGUGCGAACAGAAUAUUGGCGAAUCACCGUCGUACCCACACUGGUGAACGGCCUUACAAAUGCGAGUUUUGUCCCGCCACCUUCGCUCAGCAAACAGCCUUGAAGACACAUCAGAAAACACAACACAAACAUAGUAUUUUAUUAGCCAAUUAAAAUGUUAGGUCCAUGGAGAACAAAAUGAUUAGCGGAGAAAUCGCCUAAGAAAAUAGCUUACCAAAAUGCGAGUGAGCGGGGGACGAGGAACGUUACUAUUUUCGCAUUCUAUGGACCAGACCUUUUUUGUAAUACCAAAAAUCAUUGACAGAUAUCUCAAAGAACUUGAACUCCCUAAAUCCGUUUUAGUCAUGCCCACCAUACUAAUUUGAUCUAGAAAAAGGUGUCUGGCCUUCCUGCCUAUCUCUGCUCAUCUUUCCUUAUUCCGUGCUUAGGUAAUAAAACAAAAUAAAAGCAUUGGGUGUAAGAAAGGAUUGUCUUCUUAUAUCUCUAUGGUCAGGCAAUCCAGCGCAGUGACAGCGUUUGUAAUCUUCUUUUGGGGUUGCCAUUUACCAACGAAAACAGGCACAUACAUUAAAAAUGAAUUAUGCUGUUUACAUUAUGGCACGACUAGUCAGUUAAUUUGUAAAUAUGUACCUGUGCAGUAACUUGUAAUUAGUUUAAUAUUAUUAUGUUAAUAAAAAAAAGAAAUAAA